AUGGACUUUCCAUUUCAUCGCUUCCAGUCAAAACUAAUCUCAUUGAACCCUAAAUUGAUAAACCGCCACCUUCUCCAAUACCACGUGCCACCGCAUCGGCGAGACGUUGGAGGCUGGAGACCUUAUUUAAUGAAGAAAAGGGUGCGCCAACCGACUUCUCAAUUUGUCAAAGACGAGAAUGAUUGCAAAUUGAGGAACAGAAAGCAAAAUAAUGCUGGAAACAAGUUGGUGGACAGAAUCAGUGUGUUGCCUGAUGAAAUUUUAGUCAGUAUACUCUCUCUAUUGCCCCUGAAGGAAGCACAAGCUACUAGUGUUCUUUCUAAACGAUGGCGGCGCGUGUGGGCGUCUAUUAUUACUCUUAACUUUGAUUGUGCCCCAACCAUCUCUAGUUUCAUAUGGAGCUAUAUAUCUUCCAAGUCCUACAACCUCAAAUCGGAAGUAGAAGCUGAAAUCAGUAGGUUUGUCCCUUGGAUCAAUAGUGUGGUGGAACAGCAUAAUGUUCCAUGCAUUGAACAUUUCAGGGUUUGUUCUCAUCUAAAUCAAGAAUUUGCAAGUUCCAUUGAUAAAUGGGUUCAAUUUGCAAUGGAAAAGGGAGUUCGAACACUGGAGCUGGACUUUUCAGUCUGGGGUUGUGUUCCUCCAAUGUAUACUUUCCCCCAUUACCUUUUGAAACACUUGUGUGACGAUCAUAUUCCAAUUCAAGGCCCUUGUGCAUGCAUCGGUUUGAAGUCCCUUAAGGUUCUUAAUUUCAAUUGUGUUAAUGUGGCUGGAGAAGUUCUCGAGUACUUCUUGUCUAAUUGUACCGUUCUUGAACAACUAUUAGUGUGUGAGUCCCCAUCCUUGAUUGAUCUAAGAGUUGUUGGUUCAUCGGUUGCAUUGAAGUAUCUACUCGUACAAGACUGUAGCAACAUCAAAAGCAUUGAGAUUUAUGAUGCAAAACUCAUUUCAUUUAUAUACAAGGGAGAGCCGGAGAGCAUAUGA